UACAUUGUAACGCACCGAUGAUUCAAGGAUGUCACAUUUUUUACACACCAGAUAUCUAUUCAACCAGAAAAAGGUCAUUUCGUAGUCUAGUUCAUUAAAAUUGGUUUGUUAUUCUAUCGCUGAACAUCACUGAAAGUAGACGCUUUGAAAAAUGUCGAAAUUCACGGGAAAUAUUGUUUUUAUUUACUGUUGUGUGGUGACCCUAGUGGUAGGGGUGUACAUUGCCAAAGAAGAAUGUCCUCCAAACGAGGAGUACCUCCUCUGCGGCACCGCCUGCCCCUUCAACUGCUCCAACCCUGGGCCGGUUCCUGUCACCUGUUCAGAUGACUGCAUAGAAGGCUGCUUCUGCAAGUCUGGCUUCCUGAGGAAUGAUACUGGGGAGUGCGUUAACGCUGAUGAGUGCAUUGGAGAAACCAACCCAAUCUGCUCAGCCAACGAAGAGUUCCUCGCUUGCGGCACAGCAUGCGCGCGCACCUGCACCGACCCUGAACCCUUGAACUGUGGUCUAGCUUGCAGCAUGGGGUGCUUCUGCAAGUCAGGAUAUGUCAGAGAUCAGAAGACGAACAAAUGUGUCAGGUUGGACAAAUGUCCAGUUUCCUCUGUUGAACUAUGUCUAAACCAGAACGAAGUGUACGACCUAUGCCUCGCCAGCUGCGAGCCCUCCUGCGACAACCCCACCCCCAUCUGCAGUAAGAAGUGCACCGGCGGCUGCGUGUGCGCACCCGGUCUGCUCCGCGACGGGUUUGGGGACUGCGUCAGUGUUGACAAUUGUGGGAAUGGCACCAGCACUGAUGGGGCGCUCAAGCAGUAUAUGGACAUUAUUAGUAAAAUUAUGACUUUGUCCAAACCGUAG